AAAAUUAUUAUUUUUAUUUUCUAAUUCUUAAAUUGUUUAAAAAUAUAAACAUGAUUUCUAAAGAAGUUUUUAUAGACAAAAGUUAUGAUGUUGCCAUUAUAGGUAUAGGUUUAAGAGCUCCAAGUGGUAAUUUAACAAAAUCAAUUUCAAAACCAAAUGAAUUAUGGGAGAAUUUGGUAAAUGGUUUCGAUGGUAUUGUAGAAACAUCUGAAAGAUGGUCUAAUAACUAUGGUGUCUCUGGUGAUAUUGCUUCUAAUUAUGCUGGUCUUAUUCCAUUGGAUGAAUGGAAAUCAUUUGAUCCAGUUUUCUUUGGUAUAAAUCCAAGUAGUGAACAUGUAAAUACAAUUGAUCCACAGCAAAGAUUGCUAUUAAAGUGUACUUGGGAAGCACUCGAAGAUGCUGGAAUAGAUCCACUUACAUUAAGAGGUUCAAAUACAAGCACAUUUAUGGGAACAACCACCAAUGAUUAUAGCAACAUCAAUUUAUCACCAUUUGAAACUCAAAAAAACAUCUUUGGAGGAACCCCUCAUUCAUUGGCCAAUAGAAUAUCAUACUGUUUUGAUUUCCGUGGUGAAUCAUUCUCAGUUGAUUCUGCUUGUAGUUCAUCAUUAAAUGCAAUUAAUCUUGGUUAUAAAUCCAUCAAAUAUGGCCAUUCUGAUGUUUCUGUUGUAGGUGGUGUUAAUUUAAUACUUGACCCAAAUGUAUCAAAAUCAUAUUCUUAUCUAUCAAUGCUAAGUCCAACUGGAAAGUGUCAUUCAUUCUCAUCAAAUGCAGAUGGUUUUGUUCGUUCAGAAGGGGUUGGUGUUAUAAUAUUAAAAAGUUUAAAUAAAGCAAUUAAAGAUGGUAAUAAUGUUUAUUGUGUCAUUAAAGGUUCAAGUUCAAAUGUAGAUGGAAGUUGUGAUAAAUCAAACUUUUAUUCACCAUCAAAGCAAUCUCAAUAUGAAAAUAUUAAAUUAGCUAUCGAAUCUACCAAUGGUCAAAUCAAUGCUUCCGAUAUUGACUUUGUUGAGUGUCAUGGUACUGGUACACUAACUGGUGACCCAAUUGAGUUGGAAGGAAUUUCAAGAGUAUUCAAAGACACAAAUAAACAGAUUUUAAUUGGUUCUAUUAAAUCAAAUAUUGGCCACGGUGAGGCAUCAUCGGGUGUAAUGGGUAUAAUUAAGUGUUGCACAAUGUUUAAAAACAAAUCAUUUGUUCAAAAUAUAAACUAUAAAUCACCAAAUCCAACUAUAAAAUUUGAUGAAUGGCGUUUAAAGGUAGUAACUGAACCAACUCCAUUUUCUAAUAAAAAUACAAAUAUGCUUAUUAAUAACUUUGGUAUAACUGGAUCAAAUUGUUGUAUUGUUUUAUCAGAAUACCGUCUGGAUAAUUAUCAAAAUGAAAAUAUUAUUAAUAAAAAAUAUUUGGUACCAUUCUCAUCAAAUUGUUUAGCAUCAUUGGACAGAUAUGAGCAAAUUAUCAGUGAAAAAUUAACAGAAAUGGAUUUUAAUCAGUUUAUAUAUAAUCAAAUUAAAUAUAAAUCAACAUCACUUUUUCAAAGAUCAGUUAUUAUUGCAAGUAAUUGGAAAGAGUUUAAAGAUUCAAAAAAUGCAAUCAAAUCAUCAAAAGCAAACACAAUUACAAAUAUUGCUGUUUCAAAUAAGAAGCCAUUUACAGUUUUUGUAUUUCCUGGCCAGGGAUCCCAAUAUAAUAAAAUGGCAUUAGAAUUAUAUAACAAUGAACCAUUCUUCAAAAAAUGGGUAGAUAAAUUCGAUACCGAGCUAUUCAAAUACUAUGGAUUUUCUGUUUUAGAAAAGUUAAGAUCAAUUGAUGAUUCGGAUACUAUAUCAAUUCAUGAGCCAAUUCUUGCACAACCUUCAAAUGUAAUGAUUCAAGUAUCUCUAUUCGAACUUUAUAAACACUGGGGUGUUAUACCAGAUUUAAUUGUAGGACAUUCUCUUGGUGAAGUUUCAGCCUCUUAUUGUUCUGGUAUGGUUGAUUUCGAAACAUUAUGUUAUUUUACCUAUCACAGAGCUGUAUCUCAAAAUAAAACAAAUGGCUCUGGUAAAAUGUUAGCUGUUAAUAUUAGCCCAGAAGAAUAUGUUGAGACUUAUUCAUCAAAAUAUCCAUCUAUCGAGAUUUCUUGUUUCAACUCACCAUCUUCCAUUGUAAUUUCAGGUAAAGAACAUAUAAUAAAUGAAAUUAUGGCAGAUUUAAAAUCAAAAGAUAUAUUUUUCGCAAAGUUAGGCUCACUCUCAUCAUUCCAUACAUCAAGUCAAAUAGUAAUCAAAGAUGAAGUAUGUUCAUUAGCUAUCAAAUCAAAAGAACCAACAACACCAAUAUUUUCAACAGUUACAACACAUUUAUUUAAUAAAACAGCACCAUACAAUGCAGAAUAUGUAUUCGAAAAUAUUAUACAACCUGUAAAAUUUACUCAAACUAUUUCAAAUAUAUACCAAUAUAUUGAAAAAAAUAACUAUGGAAAUGAAGUUACAUUUAUUGAGUUAGCACCACACCCAACAUUAUCUUUCUAUUUAAAUCAAAUGAAAUCAACACAAUCAUCAUAUUUUAAUAAUGGCGAAAAAGUAACCAUUCAUUCACCUUUACAUAAAAAGAAAAAUGAUUAUGAUGAAUUCUUAAAAACAAUUUCAACACUUUAUGUUAAUAACUCUUUUAAUAUUAAUUUCAAAUCACAAUUAACUCAAAACAACAACACCCGUGUUAGUUCAAGCAAUUUAAAUUGUUUGCCAUUAUACCAAUGGGAUGAUAAAAUAUAUUUCAAAGAGAAUUCAACAUAUGAAAAAAUUAAAAAAGACGGGCCUUCGAUUCAACUUCUUGGUAAUACAAAUGAAUCAUCAAUUAAAUUAUAUCAAACCUUUAUUGAUAUUAAAAAGCUACCAUUUCAAUGGCUAAAGGGACAUCAGGUAAAAGGUAAAAUCUACUUCCCAGGUGCUGGAUAUAUCACCAAUUUGUUUAAUAUCUACCCAAACCAGGAUAUUACUAUUAGCUCUAUGGAAUUUAAAGAACCUUUGAUUUUAACAGAUGGCUCUACUCAAUGUCUACAAACAGCAAUUAGUAAACUUUCAAGAAAUGAAUUCUAUUCAAAUUCAAGUUUUAAAGAUCCAACUUCAAAUCAAUGGGUGUUAUGUUCAACUAGUAAUUUUAAUUUAUUCAAACACGGUAAUGAAAUCAAUAAAAUCAAUAUUGAGGAAAUUAGAAAAAAGUGUUGCCAUACCAAAUUAUCAAAAUCAGAACUUUAUGAAUCAAUUAAAAUCAAAAACGACAUAUCAUACAAAGGAUUGUUCCAAGGUUCUCAAGAGUGCUAUCUUGGUAGUAACUGUUCUCUAUUAACCAUAUCAUUGAAUGAAAUUCAAAAUCAAAAAGAAUUUAAUCAUUUACUUGACAACAAAACUAUGGAGUCAUUAUUUAAUACUACAGUAUUGGAUUGUUGUUUUAAUGGUGUCAUAGCAUUGAUGAAACAUCAAUGUCAACUUGUAUUAUGCAAAAUUGAAGGAUUGAAAUACUAUUCAGCAAAUAUACCACCAUUAAAUCAAUAUUCUCAAAUCUAUGUAUAUUCUGAAAUAAAGCCAAGGAUUGAAGCACUCUCACAUUCAGGUUCAGUUAAAGUAAUGUUAAAUGAUGGCACAUUAUUGCUUGAAAUAGAAAAUGUUUUUCUUAAAUCAUUAACACCCAUAAACGAUAAUACAUUAAUUAUCCCACCUCCAUCAAAUGAAACUUAUACUCCAUACCAGCAAUCAAAAGAUUCAAUAAUUGACAAACCACAAUCAUUCAAACAUUUAUAUCAAAUCAAAGAUAUAGUAAUAGAUGAUGAUAAUGAACUUAUAUCAAAAGAAUAUCUAUAUUCAUUAUUUUAUUAUCAUAUUAAUCAAAGAUGCCCAAAUAUAAAUUUAAAAACAUUAUCAACUCUGGAAUUUAAUCAAUUUAAAGAACUAUAUUUUAAUCAUUCAUCAUCAUUAAAUGAAAGCAAGUUUUUCUUUGUUUUUGAAAUUUUAAAAAAAUAUAAUUGUCUAGAUACCAAAAAACAAAUAGAUGAAUAUAGUUUUGAAAAGAAUAAAAAACACUCUAAGCUUUUUGAAAAAGCAACUAAAGUCAUAGCAAAACAAGUAUUCCCAUUAGAAAAUGAUGACCCAUAUACAGAUACUCCCCAGUCAUUGUUCGAAGAUGGAUUAUUAGAAGACUUUUAUAAAUUUGAUUGUUUUAUUCGACCUAACUUUUUAUCAAGUGAGGUUGUUUUAACAUCAAUUAAACCAAUUAUUAACGAAACAAUGGUAUUCAGAAUAUUGGAAUUUGGGGGUGGUGUUGGCUCAUUAUCGAUCAUGGUAUUGGAUAAAAUCAAUAAACUAUUAAAAGAUAACCCAUCAUCAAAUAUUGACAUUGAAUAUACCUGGAGUGAUGUUUCUGCAUCAUUUUUUUCAAUCAAAGAAAAAUUUUCAAAUAUCAAAGGGGUAAAUAUAAUUUAUCGUACACUAGAUUUAGAAAAAUCUUUAAAAGAACAAAAUCUUAAUCCAUCCUAUUAUGAUAUGGUUAUAAUGUCAAAUGUAUUGCAUGUAGUAAAACAGCUAAGAUUCAGUUUAAAGGAAAUCUAUAAUAUUUUAACUCCAAAUGGUCAAUUGGUUUUUGUAGAGGCUCCAUAUAAAUCUUUGUAUUUUGAUACCAUAUUUGGUGUAUUCACACAAUGGUGGCAAUCAGAUAAUGAAUUCAGAGAAGAUAGAAGCUGUAUGAAACAAGACUGUUGGUAUAAAUUACUAGAAGAGUGUAACUAUAAAGAUACAAUAAUGUCUGGAAAUGAUAAAGUAAUCUUUUUAAUUCAAACAAGAAAACCAAGUUUAAGUGAAAUGGUAUUAUCAAAUAAAGAUUCAAUGAAUCAAAUAGCAUCUAAUGAUAAUAUUAUUUUAUUUGGAAACAGUAGAAAUGGUAUUAAAAUAAAUGAAUCCUUUAAAUCAAAUCAAUUAUUAAGUUCAAAAAUUAAACAAAUGGACUCUGUUGAUGAAUUUAAUAGUUGGAUUCAAAAAUCAAUCGGUUCAAUUAAACAAGGCAAAUCAUUAAUAAUUUUUAUGAAAACAAUAGACCAAAUAGAAAUCGAUAAUUUUAAAGAAAUAACCCUGGAAUUCAUCCAAAUUAAUCAAAUUUUACUUCAACAUGAAAUUUCAAACUGUUUCCAACAUGUUUUAAUAACUCUAAAUUCAACAUUAAACAACUACUUAGCAUCUUCAGUUAUUGGUACUGCAAGAUAUUUAGCAGAUUACCCACAGUUAAAUUUAUAUUCAUUAGAUUUUGAUAAUAUUUCAAUUGAAAAUGAAAAUAUCCUAUCUUUAAUUGAUAUUUUAAUAAACCCAACAUCAAAUAUACAAAGGGAAUUUACAAUUAAAAACAAUACAGUAUUUUAUGAAAAAUAUAAAAAACAAUCAAAAAUUAAUCAUUCUUUCACUUCAAAAUCAUUUGAAACAAAUAAAGAUAACUUAAUGGUCCAACUCAAUCAAAAUUUAGAAUAUAAAAUAAAGACUAAAAAAACAGAACUAAAACCAAAUGAAAUUGAAGUCAAUGUCAAAGGUACUGGUAUCAACUAUAAAGACUAUUUAAUGUAUAUUGGCAAAAUAUCUAAUAGUGUUGAUCUUAAAUAUGGUAAAGAAGAAGAAAAUGAAAAUGGAUCAGGUCAAUUACCAAAUAUUGGUAAUGACUUUAGUGGUGUUAUUACUCGUUGUGGAAGCGGUGUAAAGAAAUUCAAAAUUGGUGACGAAGUAAUUGGUUUUGCUUCAAAAACAGGUGGCUCCCACAUUGUAAUAGAUUAUAGAUAUGCUUAUUAUAAGCCAGAAAAUAUCUCACAUGUGCAAUCUGCAUCUAUUCCAUCAGUUUAUGUUACAUCAUUACACAGCAUAUUUUUUAUUGGUAAUUUGCAACCAGAUCAAGCUAUUUUAAUACACUCUGCAACUGGUGGUAUAGGUCUUUCAUCAUUAGAGCUUUUAAAAUGUAAACAGCAUACUGGUUAUAUAUUUUUAACAGUUGGUUCAAAAGAAAAAGAAGAGUAUUUGAUUGAAAAAUAUGGUUCAUUUAUUACUGGUAUUUAUUCAUCAAGAAAUAAAAACUAUGUCCACCAAAUUAGAAGCAAAUUAAAACAGUUGGGAUGUGAUGAAAAUCAUCAAGGAGUUGAUUUAGUAUUAAACACAUUGUCAUCAGAAUAUAUGGAUUCAAACUUCCAAUGUUUAAAUACUUGUGGUAAAAUUGUAGAUCUCUCAAUUACACAUUUAACACCAAACGACUAUAUGACAAACAAUCGCUUCAAAUACAACUUUGGAUACAAUAAUGUAGAAAUUGUAGAUUUCUCAGGACCUUUAUUUAGAAGUUAUUUAAAGAAAUUAGUGAAAAUGUUUAAUUCAAAUAAAUUAGAGCUAAUUCCAACAGUUGAAUAUUCAAAUAUAGAGUUUAAAGAAGCAAUUGAAUAUAUUAACCAAAGACAACAUAUUGGCAAGAUUGUUGUAGAUCAUGAUAUAGAUAUGUUAUCAAAAGUAUAUAAUGAACUAAAACAAAAUAAUUCAAUCAUUAUGAAGAAUAGCUAUGAUAUAGCAAGAUUAGAUAUAGGUGAAAAUAUUUUAGUAACAGGUCAAACAGGUAUCAUAUUAGAAAUAUUAAAAUGGUUAGCUAAAUAUUCAAAUAAAUCCAUCAAAAAUAUAAUUAUAUUAUCUAAAUCACCUUUAAAAUGGGAAUUGGAAUUGUUGAUCAACCAAACCAAAAACCAAAAAGAUAAUACAAUUAAUUUCCACUUUCAUCAAGUUGAUAUAGAAAAAAGUAAUGAUGUUCAAAAGGUAUUGAAUGAAUUGGAAACAAAUUCAAAUAUUAAAAAUAUUGACACAGUAAUACAUUUGGCAUUUGUCAAUGAUAUUGGAGAUUUUCAAGAUGUCAAUAUGAAUCGUUUAAAUGUAGCACACGGUGCAAAAACAAUUGGUGCAAUUAAUUUACACAAUGAAUCAAUAAAGCGUUCAUGGAAAUUAAAACAAUUUAUUUUAGCAUCAUCUGUAAUGUCAAUUAUUGGUUCACAUAGACAAUGCUGUUAUGUUAGUGCCUGUAAUACAAUUGACUCAUUAUCAAAAUAUAGAAAAUCAUUAGGAUUACCAUCACUAUCAAUAAAUUUAGGUGUAAUAUCAUCAACAGGUUUUGUUUCAAGAAAUGAUGCAAUUAAAGAAAAUUUCCAAAGCUCUGUUUUAAGGGCUUUCUCAUCCCAAAUGGUUUUAAGUUCAUUAGAUCUUUUCAUUCAAAAUAAUAAUCAUUCAAACUAUUGUUUAUGCGAUUUCAGUUUUGAAAAUAUAGCUCCAAAUUCAAAUCUUUUUAAAUUUGACUAUCAAAUCAAUAUAGCAAAUAAAACAAGCAGAUCCAAUGACAAUAGUAGCAGUAGUAAUGAAAAAGCACAAUCUCUAUUUUUAAAUAAAAUUUCAGAAUUACUUUCAAUUGAUGAAUCAAAAAUCAAUAUAGAAUUUCAAUUAAACCAGUUAGGUCUCGAUAGUAUUGUUAUUGUUUUAUUAAAAAACUGGAUAGAUCUUCAAUUUGGCACCAAUUUAAUUUCAAUCCAACAAUUACAAAAUAAUAAAAUAUCUGAGUCACUAGAAAUUAUUAAAGGUUCAAUUAAAAAAAAAUAAAAAAAUUAAAAUAAAUAACUAUAGUAAUUUAAAUAAAGUUAU